AUGCGACCAGAUCUUUUAAAUGGAUGUCCUCCAAACUCUGCUGGUAUAGCUCAACCCAGUGGAUGGAUAAAUACAGAAGCCUUUGUCCUAUACCUUAAACAUUUCGUGAAAUUUGUUCGCCCAAACACAGAGACACCCGUAUUGUUGAUCGUUGACAAUCACUCGUCUCACACUUCACUGGAAGCUAUCAAUUAUUGUAGGGAUAAUGGAGUGGUUAUGUUGGGACUACCCCCGCACAGUACCCACCGCCUACAACCGUUGGACGUUGGGUUUUUUGGACCUCUCAAGACUUUCUAUAGCCAGACUUGUGAUAACUAUUUGGUAAACCACCCGGGAAAACAAAUCACCGAUAAAGAAGUUGGUAGGUUGUUCGGGCAAGCUUAUCUAAGGGCUGCAACUGUGGGAACAGCUAUAAAAAGUUUUUCCGCUUGCGGCAUUGAGCCUUUUAAUGCUGAAAUCUUUGGAGAUUCCGAUUUUGCGCCUUCUAUGGUGAGUGAGAGGCACGUAACUGCGGACGAGUUCUUAAGCAGUGACGAUGAACCACUAGCAGUUCCUGGGUCUUCAGGCUCAAAUAGAAUUGAUCAAGCCAAAACAAAAAACAAUGAAAUACAAGAUGGUAAACCACCAGCGGUUUUCAACAAAACUGAGCCAGAAAAGCUGGUGAAUUUAAUUCUCCCAGGACCCUCAGGAUUGAAUAAAAUGGAUUCUGCAAAGAAUAAAAACGUUUCAGAAACACUGUAG